AUGCGGCAUGACAGCCUCCUGAUCCUGCUGUUUGUAACGUGUGUCCGGUGGCACAAAACACGCUGCGAUGAGUCAAGAGUGAGUAGAGGUGAGUGGACCACAGCGGGAGAAAGGUAUAAAUGCAGAGACCACAGCGGGCCCAAGACUACAGCAGGUGCAGGGCUCACUACAGCAGGUCCCGGGCUACCUACAGCAGGUCCAGGACUACAGCCUGAGAGAGGGCAGAGGCAGAGACCACAGCAGGUCCAGGACUCACUACAGCAGGUCCAGGACUACAGCCUGAGAGAGGGCAGAGGCAGAGACCACAGCAGGUCCAGGACUCACUACAGCAGGUCCAGGACUACAGCCUGA